AUGCCGAUCCAGAAGGUGCACGCGCGCCAGAUCUUCGACUCCCGCGGCAACCCCACCGUGGAGGUGGAGAUCACCACAGAAGCCGGCGUCUUCCGCGCCGCCGUGCCCAGCGGUGCCUCCACCGGCGAGAACGAGGCGUGCGAGCUGCGUGAUGGCGGUAAGGACUACAUGGGCAAAGGCGUCGCGAAGGCAGUUGACAACGUGAAGUCCAAGAUCGCCCCAGCCCUCAUCGGAAAGGACCCUGCCGACCAGCAGGGCAUUGACAAGAUCAUGAUCGACCUGGACGGCACGGAGAACAAGACCAAUCUGGGAGCCAAUGCCAUCCUAGGCGUCUCAAUGGCCUGCUGCCGCGCUGGGGCGGCGCAGAAGGGCCUUCCCCUCUUCAAGCACAUCAACGAGAUCGCUGGCAAGCCGCUCAUGUGCAUGCCGGUGCCGUGCUUCAACGUCAUCAACGGCGGCGUCCAUGCAGGGAACUUCUUGGCCUUCCAGGAGUUCUUUCUGAUCCCGGUGGGCGCCAAGACCUUCGCCGAGGCCAUGAAGCUGGGCUCGGAGACCUACCACAACCUGAAGGGAAUCAUCAAGAAGAAGUACGGCUUGGACUCCACCGCCGUGGGCGACGAGGGCGGCUUCGCUCCGGCCGUGGCGGAUCCCGAGGAGGGGUUGAAGUUGCUCCUGGAAGCCAUCAGCCAGGCCGGCCACGAAGGUAAGAUCCUGAUUGGCUCCGACCCUGCCUCCUCGGAGUUCUGGAAGGGCGACGAGCAGAAGUACGACAUGGAUUUCAAGAGCACCAACCCCAAGCCGGAGAACAAGAAGACCCGGGAGGAGAUGGUAGCCACCUACAAGCGCUUCUGCGACACCUACCCCAUUGCGCUGCUGGAGGACCCCUUCGCCGAGGAGGACUUCGAGGGACACUCCCAGCUCACCGCGCUCGUGGGCGACAAGGUGGAAAUUGUCGGCGACGACCUCUACUGCACGAAUGUCAAGCGCGUGCAGAUGGGCUUGGACAAGAAGGCCACCAACGCCAUGCUCCUGAAGGUGAACCAGAUCGGCAGCGUGUCCGAGUCCAUCGCAGCCUGGAAGCUCUGCCGAGACAACAAGUGGGGAGUCUUCGUGUCGCAUCGUUCCGGGGAGACCGAGGACACCUUCAUUGCUGACCUGACCGUGGGGCUCGGCACGGGGCACCUGAAGACGGGAGCGCCCUGCAGGAGCGAGCGCCUCGCCAAGUACAACCAGCUGCUUCGCAUCGAGGAGGAGUCCUCGCUCCCCUACUGCGGAUCUCACUUCCGGGCCCCCUGGGCCAUGGCUUCUGGGGGCUACGCCUAA